GGCUGGUGGGUGCGGCUGCGGCCACUUCCUGCUCCUCUGCCGGCUGUGCAGUCUCCGGAGGGUCGGCUGCCUCCCGCCCGCAGACUCCAGUCCCUCGGGCUGGUCCCCAUCCUGCCCUCCGGCGGCCUGCAGGGGGCACUGCCUCCCGCUUCCCUGCACCGAUGCCUCCGGGUGGGGAGUCCGCCAGGAGGUGCUGAGGGCAUCGCUCACCUGAGGGCCCUGGGCCAUCACCUGCCCGCCGCCCCCAGACAUCCGGCCGGUGGGCGUGACGGGCGGUCCAACGAGUCAGACCGGAACCCGAGGGCGUGACUCCGCCUCGGGGUACCUCCCACGGGGCGGGGCGCUCGGUGUCCCUUGGCCACUGGGCCAGGGACGGGUCAAAGCUGACCUGCCGGCCGAGGGAGGAGGCUCCGCAGGCCCGGUCCGGAUGCCCUGCCCCAGGCCGCCCUGGCUGCGCCGCCCGCGGGUCUCGCCGGGCUCCGGCCCCAGCUCCCCGGGCGCGCUCUCCGCGCCCCGGUCCCCGGACCAGGGCGAGACCGAGGACGAGGAGGAGGACGGGGAUGGCGGCGCGAGCCCGGGCGCGUCCCCCAUCCUGCCGCCCGCGUCCCCCGUCGAGUGCCUCAUCUGCGUGUCGCCCUUCGACGGCGCCUUCAAGCUGCCCAAGCGCCUGGACUGUGGCCACGUCUUCUGCCUCGAGUGCCUGGCGCGCCUGUCGCUGGCCACGGCGGGCGGCGGCGAGGCGGUGGCCUGCCCGGUGUGCCGCGCUCCCACGCGCCUGGCCCCGCGCGGGGGGCUGCCCGCGCUGCCCACGCAGGUCGGCCUGCUGCCCAGCGAGGCCCGCGCCCCGCCCGCGCGCCAGGGCUCCGUGCGCUUCGACCGGCGCCGCGGGCUCCUCUACCUGCGCCCGCCGUCCGCGCCCGGGCCCCGCAAGACCCGCGCCGCGCGCCCGCCGCCCCCGCCGCCGCCGCCGCUGCGCCUCGGCCGCCCGCUGUCGCGCCGCCUGACCCUGGACAGCCCCACCUGGGCCUUCAACGCCGCCGUGGCGCUCGCCGCGCUCGUGGCCGCCGGCCUGGUGGUCUCCGGCGUCUACAUCUUCUUCCUCAUCCCGCGCGCCGCCCCCGCGCGGCCGCAGUUCGUGGCGUUCGCCCCCGCGCCCGGCUUCUCCUGGCUCCCCGCGCGGCCCGAGCCCGGGGCGCCCUGGACCCCCGCCUGGACGCCGGGCCCCACCGGCCGUGACCUGGACGCCACGCUGCCCGGGGCCGCGGAGGACACGCCGGAGCCCCCCGGGGACCCAGAGGACCCGGCGGAGGCGGAGGGAGUGCGGGACCGCGCGUGGGAAGGCGAGGGCGGCCCCGGCUGGGUUCGGGGCAGGAGGCGGGUGUGGGGGGCGCGGUAGACGCGCCUCCGGCAGAUCCGGGCUCCUGUCCCGGGCACCUCGCGUCCUCCCGGGGGCCCUGCCAGCCCCUCGCCCCCGCCCCUCCCGGCGCCGCAGGGAUCAUGUCUCCAGAGCGAGGCCUGGUGGGGUCACCGCCACCGGACACAGCGCCCCAGGAAGUAACCCCGACCCCCGCGGGCAUCCAGCGGGGGGCGCCCGGACCCCAUCUUUACAAAGACCCAGCGGGCCCUGGCGGCUCGGCUCAGUGGACAGAGCCUGGGCGCGCGGACUGCAGGGACCCGCGUUUGACUCUGGUCAGCGGUCCAGGGCGCGCACCUGGUGUGCAGGCUCCUGUCGGGGUGCCCCCCGGGGCGUGUGCAGGAGGCCCAACCAGUUCCAUGUUUCUCUCUCUUUCCCUCUCCCUGCUGCUCUCUAAAAACCAAUGGAAACGUCUCCUCAGGAGAAGCUUAAAAUAAAAGACUGCUGAGAGGCGCCCUAAGUGGGCUACCUGGUCCGUAUCCCUGUGGGACGCCCCUUGCAGGGGGCCUGCCAGUGGCACCCCAACCCUGAUCCUCAC